GCUGUCAUACCGGCGAUACCAGGCAGGCAUUAGCCUGCGAUACACACUAGUGAUAAAUAUAGAUAGCAAGAGAUAUGUUCGUGUAGAAACCAAAAAUUUCAAACGGAGAGAUAGUUUGGAUUAAACUGUAUGACUUGUUGAGCUGUAACUAACCUGUCGCCAUGGCGCUGCACCAGGUGACCCUUUCAAUCUUUGAGAACAAUGUCGGUGUCAGCGAUGCAGUCCUGCUAGAUCCACUGACAGAAGAGGCAUUCAUUGAAAAUAUCCAGCAACGCUUUGGACAUGACCAGAUAUAUACAUACAUUGGUAAUGUGGUGGUUUCUGUCAACCCGUACAGGAAGUUGGCCCUCUAUACUGACAGUGUGAUUGAAGAGUACAGAUGUCGCAACAUUUAUGAACUUCCACCGCACAUAUAUGCUAUAUCAGACGAUGCCUAUCGGUCGAUGCGUGACCGGAACCUUGACCAAUGCAUCAUCAUAUCAGGGGAGAGUGGGUCGGGUAAAACUGAGGCCAGUAAGAUGAUCAUGCACUACAUUGCUAAGGUGUCAGGAAAAGGUCGUGACAUUGACCAGGUCAAGGAACAGCUGCUGCAGUCUAACCCAGUACUGGAGGCCUUUGGAAAUGCCAAGACCAAUAAGAAUGAUAAUUCUUCUCGAUUUGGGAAGUACAUGGACAUUGAGUUUGAUUACAAGGGUGAUCCCAUUGGCGGUGUCAUUACUAACUAUCUUUUAGAAAAAUCACGGGUCGCUGGACAGAGUACAGGGGAAAGGAACUUCCAUAUAUUUUACCAACUACUGACUGGAGCAGAUCCUGGCACACUAGCAAAUUUAAAGUUAACUUCAGAUCCAAACCAGUUUGCUAUCCUCAACAAGAGUGGGUGUGUAUCUGUAGACACAGUGGAUGAUAAAGACAAUUAUCACACUGUUAUGCAUGGGAUGGAGGUGAUAGGGUUUAGGAAGGAUGAAAUCAAGGCUGUACAUCAACUCCUAGCUAGUGUACUGAAGCUUGGUAAUGUGGAGUUUGUUCACCGCAGUAACAUGGAUGGAACUGAUGGCUGUGAAAUAGAGGACGAUACAGAACUCAGAGAUAUUGCUGAUUUGCUGUCUUGUUCCUUGGAGAACCUUUAUGAAAGUUUGACCCGCAAAUCAGUUGAGGUCAGAGGGGAAAAGGUCAAGUCAGACCUUAAUCUAGCAGGGGCCACCUAUGCCCGAGAUGCUCUUUGUAAGGCCAUCUACAGUCGCAUGUUCUCCUGGCUGGUGACAAGGAUCAACGACAGUAUCAGGGUGAAAUCUCAGUCAACUGGCAAAUGUAAAGUGAUGGGCGUCCUGGAUAUCUAUGGAUUUGAAGUGUUCCAGGAGAACAGUUUUGAGCAGUUCAUCAUUAACUACUGUAAUGAAAAGCUACAGCAGAUAUUUAUAGAAUUGACUCUGAAGGAGGAACAGGAUGAGUACAUCAAAGAGGGAAUUGAAUGGAUACAUGUUGACUUCUUCAACAAUGCAGUGAUCUGUGAGCUGAUAGAAAAGUCAGCAACUAAGGGUGAUCCAAAUGUUGGUAUCCUGGCUAUGCUGGAUGAGGAAUGUCUCCGCCCUGGAAAUGUCACAGACAAAACUUUCUUGGAGAAACUGAAUGUAGCAUGUGGGAACCAUCCCCACUAUGAGAGCAGAGGCUGUCGAAAAAAUCAGUCUGACCGUACCUUGUCACACGAUAUCUUUCGUCUGAAGCAUUAUGCUGGAAAUGUGACUUACAAAGUGGAGGGAUUUAUAGACAAGAACAACGACCUACUAUUCCGUGACCUCUCUCAAGCCAUGUAUGCCUGUGGUCAUUCUCUUUUGAAGGAGCUCUUUCCGGAGGGUGACCCAGCCCUGAAGUCACUCAAGAGACCAGCUACAACAGGAUCACAGUUCAAGGUGUCUGUGACAGAACUGAUGAAAAAUCUUUUGUCCAAGAAUCCAAAUUAUGUCCGAUGUAUCAAGCCCAAUGACCAGAAAAGGCCUGGAGUUUUCUCAUUAGAGAUUGUCAAGCAUCAAGUCCGAUACCUUGGACUAAUGGAGAAUGUAAGAGUGAGAAGGGCGGGUUACGCCUUCAGACAGACCUACCCACAAUUUCUUUACCGCUACAAGAUGUUGGCCAAGGAGACGUGGCCUCACUGGGAAGGUGACCCUAAGGAGGGUGUGAAAAUCAUCUGUUUAGCUCAAGAUAUUUCAAGUGAGGAGUAUGCCUUUGGAAAAUCCAAGAUCUUUAUCCGAAACCCACGCAUGUUGUUUGACAUGGAGGAGAGGAGGAGAGACCGUAUGCACUAUUUAGCUGUGAUGAUUCAGAAAACAUACAAAGGCUGGAAGCAGCAGAAACUGUACCAGUUGAUGCGGGCUAGUCAGGUCAUCAUUGCCGCACGAUUCAGAGGAUUCUGGGCACAGAAACAGUACAAGAGGACAAAGAGAGCUACCUUGGUGUUACAGUGUUUUGUCCGUGGCUGGCGGGCACGUGUGCUACUGAAGAAAUUAAGGAGAGAAAAACUGGAGCUGUGGGCUGUGGCCGUCAUCAGGAAAUACUUCCUGGGCUGGAAGGUCCGUAAAGAAUACAGGAAGAAGUUCCGUGCCCAGGCUGGACCAAAGAUCGUCAAGUUCCUUCAGGUGGCAUUGAAAAAACAGUUCUUGUUGAACUUGAAGAAGAGCCUUCCUUCCAUGUCACCCACAGACCCCUACUGGCCCAAGUGUUCACCACGAUUCAAGAAUACGUCAGACCAACUACAAGUCCUCUUCCACCGAUGGCGGUGUUCUAAAUACAGAGAGAAGUUUGAUGCAGCAGAGAGGUACAGGAUGAAAGAGAAAGUCACUGCCAGUGACCUAUUUAAGGAUAAAAAGGAGGGAUACACACAAACUGUAUCAGUGCAGUUUGCUGGGGAUUAUCAGAAUCUACGACAGAAUCCAAAAUGGAAAAAAAUGAAUGAAGUGGCCAAUGACAACCAUGUUGUUUUUGCAGAUGCUAUCAGAAAGGUCAACAGAGCCAAUGGAAAGAUGGUUGACCAGCUACUGGUUGUCAGCACACAAGCCAUACUCGUGAUAGAACACCAUACCAUGAUGGUCAAGUACCGCAUUCCUGUUGGUGAAAUCAAAAGGAUAUCACUGAGUCCCUUCAGGGAUUCUCUAGUUGUCCUUCACCUUCAAAAGACAGAAGAGGAAGAGCUACCAUCUGAUCCAGCACAUGAGAAUGGUGAUAAGCUAUCAAAGAAGGGAGAUUUCCUGUUUUGCUGUGAUCAUGCCAUUGAAGUAGUGGCUAAAGCUUACCUGGUGAUUCAGAACAGUACAUCGCAGGCACCUAGUGUUCAGAUAUCUAAACAAUUUUCUGCACAGUUUGGGUCAACAUCUGUUCAACUGAAUUUCCAAAAUGGAGUACAAGACAUUGUUGGUGGUAUAAAAAUCCAAAGAAGGAAAAAUGUUAUGGAUGUACUACAGCCGUAAAGAUGUUGUAUGUGUCCAAUGAAAGGCUGUCUACAGCCUUAGAGAGGUUACAUGUGUCUGGUGACAAGCUGCCUACAGUCGUAGAGAGGUUACAUGACUUUGUGGUGGUGCCUUAAGUGGUCAAUUCCAAAUGUGUGAAGAUUGAGUCAGAAAAACGCCAGAGACAAGUGGUGUUACUCUGUAAGACCAGGUUGUUUUGUGGAGAGUGGAAUGUUAGACCAGCCAAGGAUAGACGAGCAUUAGGAUGUUUUGUGGAGAGUGGAAGGUUUUGCUGAAUGUAUGAUGACAUUUGAGCUUUGAAUCUUUGUGAAUAUAGUGCAUUAGACCUUCUAUGUUUCAUCCAAAACCAUAUAUGUUAUUUCACUAUCACUUCUGGUAUUAAGUCAAAAGGGAGCAUUAAUACCCAGAACUGGCAUGGAGAUGAGGUUAUUUACCUAUUGAUAAAGAAUUUUUGUGGAUGACACUUGUUUUGGAUAUUUAUUUUCAUCAUUUCAGUACACUACUUUCAUUGAACAUUGAUAUAGUCAGUUUACAUCUUACUAUUUUUGUGCACUGAAUUUUUACAACAUUUAAUGAGUGGCAAAAACGUUUUUUCAAAAUCUUACAGUACCAUUCAUAUUUUGCACUAGAUAAUGCAGAUGAGUUCAUUUGACAUCAUAUACACAACAAAAUGUUUGGGUAGUAUUUCUCUUGGUGAAAUUUUUUACAAAGGUGUAUGUAAGUGUUGAGUGAUAUAUAUAAAUAUAUAUAUACAGAUAUUGUGAUGUCAUUAUAAGCUUAUACAUAUAGUGCUAUUUAUAUAACAUUAACAUAUGAUCAUGUUACAUUGUUUACUCAUUAUAGCUCUGCUAGAUAGCAUAUAUAUUAGCCAGAUUUUUUCUGUUGUUUUUUUACUGAUAUUUUGUUGGUGCAUUUAUUUACCAUUGAUCUGAACCAAAUUAUCAUAGAAGACCAAUAUUAUACUAUGUUCGUUUAUAUCAUGUUGAAACGAAACCAGAAAUAUUUUGUCAUUAAAAGGAAUGUGACUUCUAGUCCAGUGAUAGUCAGUCAUUAGAACUCUGGUAUAUUAAAUUCUGUUGAAUUUGAAACCAUAUUAUCAAGGUACCGGUAAACAUUAAUGGCCCUACAACACUUAAAUCAUGUUGGACUGUCAAAGUAAAUGUAAAAUAGUAUGAUUUUCAUACACAAUGUACAUGAACUUCAUAUCAUAAUCGAAAAUUCAUUUCAUGUACCGAAAUAUUUAAAAUGAUCUGAGACAAAGUAAGGUUGACUAUACGUUAUACCUGUACAGUAGUUGUAAGUAACCAUAGGUAUACAAUAAUGAAAUACCAAGUAUUAUUGAUUAUCCUUUUUGGUAAUUAACCUGCUUCCUCUGACCCCAACUCCUGACUUCAGACAUUCUGACUGACAAAUGGACCAACACAAGAUGUCUGGCCAUUGAAAUGUCUAUUGUCUGUUUUCAGGACCAGGAGAAACUCGGUCUACCAUAUUUUCAGAAAUAUCAUCAUCAAAGUUUGAUAUAGUGCUUGGCACAUUGGACUAUUUGAUGAUUUUUCGUUCAUCUUUUUUGAGAAUUACCAUACUGAUUAGUUUUAAAAAUAAGGAUGAUUCCAUUUUGAGGUAUUAUGAAGGGGUGAUCUGUAUGCAAUAAUGGUGCCUUAUUGGCUGCUGGUCUGUUGUAUUUAGAUCUGUGUAUGUGUUUAGAUUAUGCUUAGACAUACAUAGACUUUAUUAUUGUUGUUCAUUUCAUGCAUGGUUUUUAUGAUGCUGUCAAUUCUGCAAUGCUACGUGCCUUUUUUGGGCUCAAGGAAAUUUUGCCUCUAUAAAUGUUUGCCUGAGUAAAAGGCGUCGCCUUGGAUUUUUUUUUUAAAUUAAUUAUUAUUUGUCUCAGUUUGUUGUUAGACAUCUCUGAUUUGCCUACACAUGCUAGUGUUUUAUAUUUCCACUAGUGAUGCCAACAUAAAGGUCUGAUUUUAUUACUGUUCUAAGUUGCCUCUCUUACUAUUCAUUGGAUGGGUGGGAUGUUUGACAAGAGGUGAUUGAACCAGUAUGCACUUAAUAUCACCCAUUAUAUAUUCUCCAAAAUGAGGAUAUGUUAAUUAUAUUUUCAUGUAUUUUUUUUUUUUGUUUAUUUUUUUUUUGUUCCAUGACUUAUAAACAGGUGUCUUUAUUAAACCAUAUACCUAUACACAGUAGACUAGUGGACCAAUUAUCAGUAUACUGUACAACAGGUAUCGGGUAUAUGUACUAUACUGAUGGAGGAGAAUCACAUAUUUCUGUACAUUAAACAUUUUACUAACAUGCCGACAUCAACUCUCACAAGUAUAGAUACAAUAGACUUCAUCAAUUUAUUGUUUUUAUUUCAUGGAUAAUUGUGAUUGUUGUUAAUUCAUUUAGAUAAAUUGGUUCUUUUUAAAACAUAUGAGAAUGUGAAUAUUGAUAAAUGUUUACUUUGUGUUUCUCUUGUGUUCUGCAUGCUUUAAGAAGGAGAUGAUGAUGUAUGUUUUACAUCAACACUUUUGCAGAUGUUGUUUCGAGUCAAGACUCUAUAAUAUUAAGACUAUGAAAAAAAUACCCUAUUUAUUUUAUACAGUUUAUAAAUCAGAUGAGAUGUCUUUGAAAUCCAUAACAUCAAAACUCAGGAUUUAUUUGUUUAUUGUUGUCAUGACAAGCUCUUUUUCACUAGGAUGUAGAUGUCCGAUUUUCCGAAAUGACAAAAAUUCUAAAUCAACCCAAAAACAAUUCUCUUAGCAAUGAUUUGGAAAGUAAAACAGGUUUUAUAGAUUGCUUUUGGAUAUCCCACUAUAUAGAAAAUAAAUCUGUAACAUUGUAUAUACAUGGUUUGAUGUUAACAUCUGAAUAAGUGUCUGUUCUAACUUCCUGUAUUUCAUAAUCAUAACCCGACAGUUUCAGUGUCGAGUUCUUUGUAAUAACCCACUGUUAUAGGUAUGUAGGCUCGAGAUAUGAACAUGUCAGUUUUCAGGACUGUUAAAAACUGUCGUGGUUGUUAACGGUUAUAGAGACAGGUUAAGGGCAGUCUCUGUUGUAGACCUAAAUGUUUUCUCCUUUGUAUAUUAUCAAUACCGUUGUACAUCUUGUAAAUGUUAAGUUUGUAGUAAUUAUAUGACAUUGCACCUUGUGUUUUUUUUUGUAACCAGGGCUUUCUACACUUUUUUUUUGUGAUUUGUCCACAUUUUGGCAAAGAUCCACAAAUACUGUUUAUUAGUGGGUUUUUUUUAUCUUCAAAACCUAGCGGCCAUGUCGCCAAGAGAUAAACAACAUGUGUAAUCUAUGUUUUAAUUCUCUACAUGAUGAAAUCUUCAUAUAAAAACCAAUAAUCUGGAGAGGGUAGAGGGUGAGGAGAGAAAUCCACAAAAAUAUUGAAAAAAAUAUAUAUAAUAUAUUCAUAAACUGACUGACAUAGUUCUAAAUAAUAUGUUGGUUUUUUAUUUUUUUAUUUCCUCUUUGUUAUUGCUAAAAACUUCAUCUUUAAUUCCAAGGUAUCAUAGUCAUGGUCUUUAAAACAAAAAUUUCAAACAAUAUUUCCAUGCAUUUAAUGAUGUAUGCUGUUGUGACAUCAAGACAAUUAAUGGUGAACUGGUGGGUAAUUUAGAUACAGUUUGAAAUGAGGAAGUUUGGCCGUAUAUCCCAACAUUAUGUUUUACUUUAGGAGUUUUCCAGUAAAAUGUCUACCCAACGGGAGGGACUCCAGAUUUGUCAAACAGGACCCACUGAAAGAAGUGAUUUGAUUCCAACAGUACCAUAUAAUAAACAUAUCCUUCAGCACCCACCAUGCAUAGAAUAUAUUCCUGGUGUCCUGUAGGAUAUAUAUUUCAUUGGAAUAGGCCUUAAAGGAUGUUAAGUGGCUGGGCCUGAUAUUGUGAUUUUGACUUACUAGUAAUAUGUUGUAAUGUGGAGAUUGGUGUUUUAAUGUCAAAUUAAAGUGUUAGUUUGUACAUUACAUAAAGAGCAUAAAAUUAUGCAUGCAGAGUAAAUUAUUUUGUUUUUGAUUUAAAUCGGGUUUUAUUUGUAGAUUUCUGCUUUCAUGACAAUCUGUUUUGUUGUUUACUCUACACUUGUGUAUAUUAUAGUUUUACACUCAAACUCUAGGCCACUUUGGAAACAGGAAACGUGUUCAGUCUUGGAGAUGUUCAGAUAUAUGAUUUCAUUAUCUUGAAAUAUCAAUGGAAAUAGAACCCAUUAAGCACAUAGCCCACACGAACUCAGAAUUGUGGAAGAGACACUUUUAACAUCACACUUUCUUGUAGGUAGGGAAUUGUAUUUGUGCAGGAUAUGCACAUUUCCCAGUAAUUCUAACCCUGGUUUCCCACACUGUAACCAAUUUGGUUGUUUUAGGAAAACACAUUCACUCUGAACUUUGAAACCUACACUGUAAUUCCAGCUGUCAGAUUUACACACUCUGACCCUGCAUGAGCCCAGCACUACAUUCCCCGACAGAUUAUAUUAGGAAUAAAUGUUCAAGUAACUCUGAUCCUUGUUCUCAAAUGUCCAUGAUAUCAUUUUAAACGUUUUUAUGUUUAGUUCCAACAUAAAUAAAAGCGGUGUUUUUCAGCAAGCAUUCCACACUUGUAUUUAUCAAUGGUCACAAAAAUACCCAUAACAUUUGUUAAACAUAAUGAAAACUGUAUUUUGUCAGCAAUACCGUCAUUUGGACAAGGAUAAGUCAUUAAAUGGUGCAGUCCCAUUCACAUAUAUUUCUUACUUGGUAACUUGAGGAAAUUUCUUCAUGAACUUUUCCGUUGUGGAAACGUUGCUCUAGAUCAAAAAACAAAUAUGUCAGUUUCACAAAGGUUUCUUAACUCUAGAAUUGUGAAGGCAUAUAUUAUUAUAUAUAUGUUAAGGAGAUCUCUUAGGUUACAGAACAUCCCAGAUACUGAAAACUUAACCCAUUCUUGUCCAAUGAAGGUACAUUGACCUAUUGUGACUAUAUAUUGCUGUAAGGUUGGUGGAUGGGAACACAGUAUCAGAGUAUUGGGGUCAAUCAGCAGUCAGACAUGGAGUCUCGUAUACAUGCAUCAAGAAAUGUUGCCAAUGAAUUCUAUAUACUGUCCUGAUUUUAUUUGUUUUGUACAAGUGCUAUUUCUAUUAAUUUAAUAUGCUAGAACUGAAAAUUGAAUAAAAUCUCGACCAAAUGUAAAAUGAUUGUAUUCAUUCAUGACCAAUUUCUAUUAGAAUAUUAAGAUUAUAUUGUAUAUUGAUCAAAUGAAAUGCAACUUAUAUUAAAUCUUAUAUAUAUUUCCAGUGUAAUUGAUAGCAGUAUUAUGAAGCUAAGCUUUGCUUUACUAUGACAUUUACAAAAGGUAGUAAAAAUUGUAUACCACUAUCCUGUAAUCCUUUUUAAUCUCUUCUCUAUUCCAAAAACAGGCUGUGCUUUUAAUAUCUUAUUUUUCAAUUUUGUAUUUGUUUUGAUUGUACAGAAAUUUAAUUGCUAGUCCCUAAGAUCUCGCAUAUGUUGUGGAGAGUGCAGUAAUAUUGUAUCAUGUCAGGAUGAAAUAAAUAUGUACAAACAGGAACUGUGAUUUUCAUUCAGGAAAAA